CAUACAAUAUUUUAUUGCUGGUUUUGGUGGUAAAUUUGCAUUUUUAACGGCCGUGGCCAGACGUGCUCCCGCUUCUUUAACACACACGUCUCUCAAUGACUUCCGAUCAUCAAGUGUUUCUUUGACUCGUAUAUCCACAUGUAAAAACAAACCGAUACUGAAAUAUCAACAACUAAAACCGAAAUGUAUACUAAAUACAUACUAUGUACCACAUAAGACCGCCAUUGCCGUUGUCGUUGCCGUUGACAUUGUCAUUGCUGUAUCUGUAUUCAAUCUCACUGACCAACUACCGCAAAGCGCAAUUGCAAAUGCAAACUGCAAACUGAAAAAAAAAACUGCACACACCUCAACCUCAACCUCAACCUCUACUCAACUCAACUCAACCCAAAGCUCAAGCUGACUAGCCAACUUAUAUAUGUAAACGAAUAGUCCUCGUACUGCCUACGAAAACAAAACCAAAACCAAUCGAAAAAUCAACCAACAACCAAUCUAUCAACCGUCUACUGCAACUGGCGACAGAACGGCUUUAGUUUGCUGCGUUAAUAUAGCAAAAACAAGAGUGGUACAAGUACAAGUCGAAAAACAGUAAGAACAAGAGCUGCCACAGCAGCAGCAGCAGCAGCAACAACAACAACAGAAACAGAAGCAGAAGCAGAUUCAGACGCGGCGCAGCGCAUACAAGUACAAGUAAGUGGGGAAUAGGUCAGGUCGACUCGGACUCGGACUCGGACUCCAUCGCAGGCGUCGCACAACAGGAGGAGGGAACUAUCUGUCGAGGAGCCAGAAGCUCUGAGAGCAGCGCAGCGUCAUGCUCAACUCCAAUGCCAAUGGUGGCAACGGGAACAACAAUAACAACAACAAUAACAAUCAUGGGGGCAGCAGUCGGCGGCCCUUCUCCCGCAACUCCUCCUCGGCACGGUCGCAUCGCGGCGGUGGCCGCAUUCUCUACUCGCCGCAUCCGCAUCCACAUCUCCAUCCGCACCCCCAGCAACAGUCGCAGCAGCAGCUUCAGCAGCUGCAACAGCAGCGGUCAACUGGCAACAGCCUAAUGCCGGGUCACAGUCCCUGGUGCAAUGUCAAUGUGAUGGGGCGUGGCAAUGAAUCCGGCGGAAACAACAACAACAACAGCAACAACAAUGCCAACAAUAACAAAGAUGCAAUCGACGGCCGAAACCCAAAUUGCGAUGUACAAACAAGUAAUUCUAGCGGAACUUGUAUUUAUAACAAUAGCAAAGCGCAUCAUCAUCACCACCACAGCGUCCACAGUCAAGGUCACACAACCACCACUCAUCACCAGCACCCUCAAUCUCAGUCUCAGUCCCAGCCCCAGCCCCACCCGCCUCCGCAUCCGCAUCCGCAUAAUAACUCUGCCCCACCUCAGUAUAACAGCUACCGCCCCCCAUUAAACGCGUACUCAACAUACUCACCAAACGGAAGUAGCAAUACUAACCAAAUCAUCAGCUCGAGAGGCACACAAGAGAACCACCACAGCAGUCGAAGCCACCAUCAACCGAUUCCUGAUCUCAAUCUAAAUCCGAAUAACUAUAGCAACUACUUCGACAUUUGCCACAGUAGCGGGGCACAAACCCACACAUACGGCUCCAUGUCCGUGUCCGUGGUCCGACUGAAUCCCGCCCGCUUGUGUCUCACAGUUGGUCCAGUAUCGGACCCUUCGCCCCCGCCACCCAAUCAACGCCACUCACCUCUCGUAGUGUCCUUUGCCAGCAGUCCUACAAGUCCCCAUCCACAUCCACAUCCACGUCCCAACGAUCAUGGCAACCAUGGCCAUAGCAGCCUUAAUCAUUUCGUCCCCAUUCGUAGUCAGAACCAGAACCAGAAUCAGAAUCUUCCUCAUACCCAUCCACACCCCCAUCCACAUCCACAUCCACAUCAAUAUCAUCAGCAAAGCCCACAUCAGAGCCACCACAAUCCACACCACAAUCAGCCACAACCACAGCAACAGACUAAUCGCCAAUCCCUCCCGCUAACACGAACGAAUUCGAAUUCAAAUUCAACAAACGCAACAACUUUCAAUUCAACCAAUCCACAAACAACAAAUAGUAAUCCUACUGAUGUUGUGAAUGUAAAUUCUUGUACCGAUAUAAUUCCUUAUGGGUCGUCCUCGUCGUCAAUGCUGCCUCAACAACAACAUCAAAUUAAUAUUGCAUCCGCACCCACCAAUAGCCACAACCAAGGACAGGGCUCCUCCUCGGGACCCAGUCACAGUCACCACCAGCGCGGCUACAACAAUCGCGGCGGCAAUGGCAACGGAAUCAACAUCAACAGUAACAGUAAUAACGGUAUUGGUAACAGCAACGGAAACGGAAACGGCAACGGCAACGGUAGCGCUAACGGUAAUGUGAACGGACCACCCGAUUACAUGAACUAUCGUCGCGGCGGAGGCGUGUGUCCAGCACUGUCGAGGGACAAUGGACACAACCACAACCGUCGCCACAUGCCCGAUAAUCAUCUGAACAAUGCAUCCGCAUCCAUGAACAGUCACAACAAUCCCGGCCACCACCAGCGCAACUACAAUGACAGGAAUCUGAAUAAUAAUAAUAACCACUUUGGCAAUCAGGAUCAAGGUGGUCCCGACCAUCGAGCCGAUGGAUCCUCGUAUAACUUUAUGCGCAAUGGCGGCGGCCCAGGCAGUGGCUACGGUCGAAACGGAUCCCAUUAUCAGCAUAUGGGGAAUGGCUACGGAAACAACAACAACAAUAACGGUGCAUCUACAUCAACAGGUGGUCCGGGUCUAAUGGGUGAAAUGCCUUCUGGCUCUGGGCUAUCGGGCUCAACGCUGUCGCUCAACAACGGACCCGUGGGCCUCAACUCGGACAGUCCCUCGCGCAAGCGUCGCCGGAUCUCGGGUCGACCGCAGGGCGGUGCACAGCCCCCGCACCGAUGCCUUCUUGCUCAGAUGCAGCAGGGAAGUCCUCCACUUCGUCGCCCGCGGCUGCGGGAUGUGGCCACCUCCACGGGCCAGCAGCAAUACGCCCAGCAGAUCCACCAGACGCAGCAGCAACCGCCUAGCUACCACCAGCUGCACCACCACCAGCAUCAGCCGCAGCACUAUUCGGCCCAGCAGCAGCAGCCGACGCAUUCGCAGCGCUCCCCUUGGGAGCUGGGCGGCAAUGGAGCGAUGCCGGGCGGCAAUGCAGGCGGCGGAGGACCUUCGAGCAGCUCGGUUGGGACUAUACUGCAGCAGGUGCAGGCACCGCCACAGCCGCCCAGCCACCAGCAGACGGUGGGCUAUGCGCCGGCGCCGCCGUCCGCCUCGUUGAUGGUCGACCUCAAUCUAAACCAGGUGCCUGUUAGUCUGGCCUUGCGCCAGGAGCCCUUCUGGGCCUCCUUCUGCACCUACCCGAUGCCAGCACAGGCCCGACUGGCCCCAUGCCACCUCCACGGUGUAUACACGCAGCCGUUCCCCGCGGCCCCACCCGGCCUGGCCGCCGCCGCGCCCAUGCAGGUGACCCAGGUGCCGACGCCCACGCAGAUGGCCGCCGCUGCGGCUGCUGCCCAGCACAUGCUGGCCCAGGCCACGCUCACGGCUCAGCAGCAGCAGCGAGAUGUAGCCGCCAUUGCCGUAGCCAACUUGACUCCCAUUGACCCGCCAGGACCGCAUGCCCACCCCCACGCCCACGCCCACGGCCAUCCCCAUCCACACCAGCUGCCGCCCGGAAUUCACAUCACACCUAUUAGCGGGGCUGCAGCGGCGGCAGCCACUCACCACUUACAUUCCACGGCGGCGGCGGCCGCUGCCGCUGGGCAACUGUCGCAGAUGUCGGCUGGACCGCAGCAUGUCAUCAUCUCAUCGGAGCGUCGUACAUUCCCGCCCCAUCGGCGCAUACCGCGCUUCUGGCCCGCCAACCAUGGACACCGGCAUGUUCUGCCGCCGCAAUCACUGGCCGCCCAUCAGGCGCCCGUGCAAAUCCAGACAACGGCCGGUAUCAUCAAUCCGGGCUUCUUGCUUAACUUCCUGGCCAUGUUCCCGCUGUCGCCAUACAACCAACACGAUCUGAGCUCCGGGGACACCAACGAGACGGAGAACUACGAGGCGCUGCUCAGUCUGGCCGAGCGCCUGGGCGAGGCCAAGCCACGCGGUCUCACCCGCAACGAGAUCGAUCAGCUGCCCAGCUACAAAUACAACCCGGAAGUGCACAAUGGUGAUCAAACAUCUUGUGUGGUCUGCAUGUGCGACUUCGAGCUGAAGCAGCUUCUGCGUGUCCUGCCCUGCUCCCACGAGUUCCAUGCCAAGUGUGUGGACAAAUGGUUAAGGUCCAAUCGCACUUGCCCCAUUUGCCGUGGCAACGCCUCGGAUUACUUUGAUGGCGCUGAUCAGCAGCAGCAGCAAACUCAGGCCACUGCCAAUGGAGGAUCGUCGAUAGGCAGCACUCCUGCUGGCAGCAAUCCCGGUUCGGCAACAGCCGCUACAGCCAAUCCUCAGCAGAGCCAAGCAGCUUAGGGCCUUGUCCAAGGGCCUGGUGUUCCAAUGCCAAUGCCAAUAUCCAUACCCAUACCCUUACGCAUAUGCAUACGCAUGCCCAUACCCGUAAUCGUAUUCCAAAUGCAUUCGCCAUCAGCCCCUGCUGCGGCUCCUACUCCGGCUUUGGCUCUCCAACGCGGCGAGGAAUGGACGGGGAGGAGUGGGAGUGGGAGUGGGUGGAGGAGCCACACACCCGCCUUUAAUUGAUGUAACGCGCAACGAAACCAACUGCCAAACCAACUGUCGCUUCCCUCAGCUCUUUCAGUCACGUCUCCCGUUCUAUGCCUCGCCCACGCGCCACCUCUUCAAUAGCUUCUCGUAGACGUUAGUUUGUAUGUGAGUAAUGGUAAACCCAAUUAUGAAUAAAGCCCAUAUGCAUACCACCAAGA